AUCAGAAUUGUUAUCCCAGAAAAGUACCGAUAGGAUGUACUAGAGGAGUUGUUUUUUUUUUUUUAUCCAGGAAUGGUCCGGAUGAAAUCAUCAGCCAGACUUCAUGUAUAGUGGUCUUGGUUGGUCUUGGUUGUGACCAAAGAAUCUUAGUGUGGGUCGUUUAGGCUUCAGUUGUCCAACUUACAAAAAGUAUAGAAAAUCCCGAUGUAGCCCAGAGAGAGAGAGAGAGAUAGAGAGAGAUCCCAACUAGUUAAAAACUAAACAUUCAGUAAAUUCAAUCCUUUCAAACUAAAACAGGCAAGAUUUUUAAAAUUGAAAAAAAAAUAUUGCUAUUAAAGAAUAUGAACAUGUUUAACUCAUCAAUUUAUCCCCUUAAAAAUACUUAGAUGUCAAAGCAGCAGAAAGCAAUUCUUAUUGCGUCCGGUUUAGUGGGUACAGGCUAUGCGGCAUGGAAGACCUGGUUCCCAUGGAUCGGAGACGAUAUCCAAACAAUUCAAGCUACAUUGAAAGCACUGAAAAAGAUAGGUCAACACAUAAGCCAAAUGCGGACGGUUUUGGAUAUGUUUGAAGAUGACGUGACAAGAGUACCAAAUAAGACAUUUAUCAUAUUUGAGGAUAGGCAGUACUCGUACGAAUUUGUCGACAGCAUGGCCAAUAAAGUGGCAAACCUUGCUGCAUCAUGGAACCUUCCCCGAGAUACGCCAGUCGCCAUGAUGAUAGAAAACGAACCUGCCUUUGUGUGGACAUUUAUAGGGUUGUGGAAAGCAGGAUUAAUAGGAGCAUUAAUUAACUACCACUUAAAGGCUCAUCCACUCAUUCACUCCAUCAAAGUCAGCGAGGCACCUGUUCUCAUCAUUGGCUCGGGUGAUGACCAUCUACGUUCGAUUGAAGAGAUUUUGAACGAUAUACCUAACAUUAAGAUAUACGUCCAGGGGAAACGACAAAUCGACCUUCCUUCGAACCUUCUUUCUAUGGAUGAAGUUCUCCUUUGGACACUUCCUGUUCCUCUCUGUAAAGUUCACCGAGAGGGAACCACCAUGCGCAGUCCAAUCCUCUAUAUAUAUACUUCCGGUACAACAGGGCUGCCGAAACCUGCCAUAGUGAACAAUGCAAAAGCUGUGAUUGCCUCUGCGUACUGGCAGGCCUUUGACUAUACUGAGAACGACAUAGUAUAUGUUGUAGCUCCACUUUAUCACAGCGUCAGUCUCGCACUAUGUCUUUUUAAUACAAUUGAAAGGGGAGCCACUAUAGUCCUCCGCCGAAAGUUCUCCGCCCGUCAUUACUGGGAAGAUGUGCGCAAACAUAAAGUUACAGUUAUACAAUAUAUUGGAGAAUUAUGCAGAUAUUUACUUCGUGUUCCGGAGAAUGAUCUUGAUGGUGUUCAUAAUGUGCGUAUGGCAGUGGGGAAUGGACUUCGAAUAGACAUUUGGGAGGAAUUUAAAACCAGAUUCAAGAUUCCAAGAAUCGUUGAAAUUUUCGGUGCAACAGAGGGUAGCGGUGCUCUUUUGAAUGUCACGGGUAAAGUUGGUGCUGUCGGUAGGAUGUCUCCUUUUAUGAAAGCAGUAAUAUUCAGGAAUAAAAACUCUCAAAUGCACUUCAUCAAAUUCGACAACAGAACCGAAGAACCGAUAAGAGAUCAAAAUGGGAAGUGCAUUAUGAUCAAACCAGGUGAGAUAGGUCUUGUCAUAUCCGGAUUCAACGAAGAAUUCUAUUCAGGGUUUUACAAGGGCUCAAAAGAAAUGAAUGAAAAGAAACUAAUCAGAAACGUGUUCGAGAAAGGGGAUCGUUGGUUCUCGUUUGGUGACUUGAUCUACCUGGAUGAAAACUACAACGUGUAUUUCAGAGACAGAACAGGGGACACAUUUAGAUGGAAAGGUGAGAAUGUCUCAACAACAGAAGUGGCUGACAUAAUAAGCCGAAUUCCCUUUAUUUGUGACGUCAACGUUUUUGGUGUGUCAAUUCCAGGAGAAGACGGACGAGCUGGUAUGGCAGCCAUUAUAUUGAAAGAGAAUCAGAUCACAGCCGACAAACUGCGAACGAUUUACUCAGUCUGUGAGAAGGAACUUCCGGUCUACGCUCGUCCUCUCUUUCUCCGUUUCAUGCCGGAGUUCAUCGUCACACAAACGAUGAAGAAUCGGAAGGUGGAGCUAGUGGAGGAAGGUUAUGACAUGGAAAAGGUCAAGGACCCGCUUUACUUCAUUGACACAAAAAACAAGACUUAUUCCCUUUUAACACUAGAAAAUUACCAAGGUGCACUGUCUUCAAAGUUAUGAUGUGUCAUCUAAGGAAAUUUUUGUAAAUAUCCAGUAUUAAUUUCAAGACUUACUUUUUCUAAAAUUUACAUUUUUCAGAUACGUGCAUGAAAUUCUACACAGUUAGCUACACAUGUACAUAACAAACUCGUUUUCAUGCAUAUAGUAAUGCAACUCAAAUUUAUGUCUCUUAUUGUUUCAAAACUUAGUUUGUUAAUAAAAUGUAAAUUUUACACAAGGAAUAGUUGCCCUAAAGUUUAGUAUUAAGGCUAAAAAUAUAACUACAGGUACAUUGGAUUAAAAUAUACUUGCAUCCUUUUGGUAGAUUUUUAUUUCAAAAGAAAAAGAAACAGUCUGAAAGGAUAAUACAUAUGGCUUGAAGUUUGUCAAUGUAUUAAAUAUUUUA